UAAGUGUCAAAAGUCUACUAGAGAGAGAGAGAGAGAGAGAGAGAAUGGGUUUAGAAGCAGAGAGAGAGGAGCAGAGGAGCAUAGCAAGGCUACCAUUGUUCUCCAUCCAGUCCCCAGAGAGAUCAGGAAUGGCCACUCCUCCACUUCACACCUUAGCAUCAGUCCCAUUUAGGUGGGAACAAGUGCCCGGAAAACCAAGGCCAUGCAGUGCCCUUGUGUCCUUCUCCAACCCCAAGUGCUUGGAACUCCCUCCCAGGUUGUUCACACCUUCUCCCGCCACUGUCUUUAAGGUUUCCAGCAACAGAUUUCGGUCUCCAUCUUUCAGAAUGAGCGCCAAUUGCUAUGGUUCGGAUACAAAGGUGCUUGGUGCCAUGGUUCUCACCAAAGCCAAUGACUACGCCUGGUUUGGUUCUUGGAGAAAAAAAGCCUUCAAACUCAAUAAAAGAGAGGUCACUGGUGCCAGCCAUGUCUUUCCUUCUUCCACUGACACCGACAUCCCAAACAUGAAACAACGCUCUGCCAAUUCUCGCAUCUGGACAAGUAUUUGUGAAGGUUUGAAGCAGGUGGUUCCAUGGAAGAGUAAAAUACCGGAGAAAAAAAAUGGGAGUGGCCUUAAGCUCUAAUUAUAUUUUUCUGGACAAAAAUGAAUUAUCCAGGAAGCUAUCCACUGAAUCUGUACCAUAUUAUUACUUUAUGAGAUGACAAUGACAUCCUAAUUAUAGACACAAAACCUGUUUCUUUUCUUGUGCUGCUAAUACUAUGCUACACAACUGUAAAACUGUGUUAUCGUAAAAGUUGUACACUUAUUUAAUUCAUGCUCGCUCUCUUAAUUGAAGUGAAGUUGGUAUCUCA